GCACCAGUAAUCGACAUGUACCCAGUGAUCGACAUCUAACCUAGUCUUAAGGAAAAAAUAAGAGUUAUAUUUUGAUUUCCCGUCAUGGCAACACUUAAUCAUAGACAACAGGACUCCCUCUGUCGUCACAAAACAGAACUUUGGGCUCGGCCAUUUGUUUUCAAAAUGGCGAGCUAAAUAUUACUGUCACCGUUUGUGUUCCUUAGCUAAUCCGAUUUUAUUAGCGAAAUCCAUAACAAGAUGGCACCCAGAAAAAAUUAUACGUCCGAGCAAAUGGCUAAAGCUGUUGAUGCUGUCCGCAAAGGCGAAAAAGUUGCCGUUGCAGCUCGAAGAUUUGGCGUGCCCAGAAUCACACUGCACGAUAAGUUAUCUGGAAAAACUCAAAUUAACUGUACAAUGGGGCCCAGCACAGUGCUUUCAAAAAUGCAUGAAGAAAUUUUAGAAAAAUGGUUGAUAACAAUGCCACUAAAACGCUUUCCGAUUUGUAGAGACUCCUUACUAGAUAGUGUCCAGAAAAUUAUAAUAGAUCAAAAAAUUCCCAAUCCAUUCACAGAUAAUAGACCUGGGAAGAAAUGGUAUCAUGCUUUUUUAAAAAGGCACCCUAAUUUGGCGGAAAAAAUACCUGAGAAUCUGUCAAUUGCUCGUGAUAACGUCUCGGAAAAAGAUAUAAGAAAUUGGUUUCAAGAAGUUGAAAGUUACUUAGAAGAAAAAAAUCUAAAGGAUAUUUUAAAAGAUCCUAACAGAAUUUUUAAUGCGGAUGAAAGUGCAUUUUUUUUAUCACCGAAACCAGGCCCUGUUCUUGCACAGAAAGGUCAAAAACAUUUGUAUACUUCAUGCGGUGAUGACAAAGAAAACCUAACGGUUUUGUUUACUGGCAAUGCUGCUGGCGUCCUUGCCCCGCCAAUGAUAGUUUUUAGCUAUGAAAGGGUUCCCACAUAUAUUGCAUCCACUGUACCUGAAGAUUGGGCGAUAGGGAAAUCCGAAAGCGGGUGGAUGUGUAGCAGCACAUUUUAUGAAUAUGUCGUAAAUAUUUUUAACCCAUGGCUUGAACAAAAUAUGAUUCAAAAACCAAUAAUUUUUUUUAUAGAUGGCCAUAAAUCACAUCUUACCUUACACUUGUCGAAUUUUUGUUCAGAACACGGAAUAGAAGUUGUUGCGCUGUAUCCUAAUUCUACUCACCUGUUGCAGCCAAUGGACUUAGCAGUUUUUAGGCCGCUAAAAUUAUUCUGGAAGAAGACUGUCAACGAAUGGAAAAUGGAAAAUCUGGGCCAAAACGUUAAAAAAGAAAAUUUUGCUCCACUGCUGAAAAAAGCUAUAGAAAAAUUAACUCCUGAUUGCAUUAAAAACGGAUUCAGGGCCGGAGGCUUGUUUCCAUUUGGUCCCGAUUAUAUCGAUAUGUCCAAAAUCAAAAACAGAGAAGAAGCUUCAGUUAUUCAGUCCAAUCCAGCAUUAACAGAAUUUGUUAAAUAUUUAGAAAAAGAGAUAAUUGGUGUUUUUUCAGAAGAGAAGUUAGCUAUGUUUCAGAAUCUGUUCUAUAAAAAAAGAGACACAGUUGAAAGUGACCUUCCCGAGGAAGACACCGCUUUGUACGUUAUAUGGGCCAAGAACAAAUCUAAAUGCUACUCUGACGACUGUGCAAGUUCAUGCAACAUCCUGCCGACAUCUGAAGUUAUUGAGUCACAUUCGCCAUCAACCCUGGAACCGAUUAAUAUUUCAAUGGAUAUUAUAGACCAUGUAUCUCACUCCGAGACGGUAGUGGCUGAAAAAGAAGUUAUAGACUUCGGAAACUCUUUAACACCUCAAAAUUAUUCUUUAGCCUCAGUUGAAGAUAUAAGAGAACAAUCACCUAUUAUUGUUGACAGCGGUUUUGGAGGGGUUAAUCAAAAUCUUGAAGUUGAAGAUUUUAAUACAUUGCAGAGAGUUGUUGAGUGUACGCCCAAAAAGAUAUCUACAAUUACUCAUCCUCCGUCACCAUCAAUACUUCAGCUUCCCAGUGAUCCAGCUGUUACUGAAAGCAAUGGCAUACCCCAACCUGAAAUAAUAACGACGGCAAACAGUCAGUGGGCAGUAGACAACACAAUCACGUCGAGCAUUGUUCCCGAAAAUAGAUCACCUUUUUUGACUCCAGACAGACCAACACGCGCACCUAUUUCAAGAACUAUUCAUACAGAUAAAAUAGCACCCACAAAAAAAACGAUGGAUGAUGCAUUAGGUAUUAUAGUACCAUCACCUUUUAAAAAGUUUCUUUUUUGGCCGGAAGACGAUAUAAAUAAAAAGAAAAAAAGAAUAAAGAGAGAAAAAAUACCAGCAGCAGUAACAAGCAAGGCAUGGCGCGAAUACCAUGAAAAAAAAGAAAAUGAGAAAAAAAGGCAACAAAAAGAAAAAGAAGAACGAGCGAGAAAACGACAAGAAAAAAAGGAGUUGAAAGAAAACAAUGCAGAAAAGAAAAAGAAAACCAUUUCUAAAAAAAAUAAAAAGAAGAUACCCCGAAUUGAAUCAUCUUCAGAAGAGUCAAGUUUAGAGAUUGAGUUUGCUGAAAGUGAUUGCAGCUAUGCUGAAGAUAAUAUUUCGGAAGAUAACGACAGAGAAAAUAUAAUCAACAAAAUCAGUAAAUCAGUUAACAGUGAAAGAAAACCAUUAAAACGUAAAAAACCAGUGUCUCCCACCACCACUGACUCUGAUUUUGACAUAGAUGCCUCAUGCUCACUUACUACUAAGAAGAAAGUAAGUAAAACUAGACAAACAAAUAAAAUUACUUCAGGAUGUUACGUAAUAGUAACGUACGAAAAUAAAUACUUUCCCGGGAAGGUAGAAAAGGUAGAGAAUAAUCUAUUCGAAGUCAGUGCAAUGGUUUUGUCAAUGGGCAACACCUUUAGAUGGCCUGAAAAACCAGAUAAAAUAUGGUACAGAUUUGAUCAAAUAAUUGAGGAAAUUGAUACACCCGUGCGUCUCAACAAUAGAGGGUUUUAUAAAAUCAAAGAAAUGCAAAAGUAUUUACCUGACAUAUAUAAUUAAGGAUCUCAGUAAAAAUAUGUGAUAUAUAAAUAUAUAUAUAAUAUAAAAUUUGGUAAAACGUUAGGUAUAUAUAUACUUACUUGGAUAAAAUAUGUGAUCGUUUUAUAGAACUUAGUUGCUCACUCACUUGUUUGUUCCUAACAGAGAUAUACAUAUUUAUUUAAAGGUAAGAGUCACUAGUUCUUCACUUAAUUCUUUUUCUACUUAAUAUAUAUUUUAUAUAGGUAGUAUUUUAAGGUUAACGUCAGACUGAUUAGUAAGUUCUACAAAAGAAACAUUAUUUAAAUUACGAAGAUCUCCUUAGACUACAGUUUACAGUUAAUGUUAACAUAGAUAUUAUGAGUCAUUUUGAUUUAUAUUUUUUAUAAUUGCAAAAUGCAAUACAGUAGGUUGAACAUCUGCUAUCUACCUUCACUAUUGUUCCGUAGGUUACGGAUUUUUAUGGUUAAAGUAAUUUGUAAGCAUUGGUGCUACACGCUACAUGUUUAACUUGAAGAAGAAUUAGAUUGAUAUUUUUGAGAAACAGUAGUUAGGUAUAUUGAAAUUAUUCAGAAUUCUAUAAAUGUUAUAAACAUCAACGUUAAAAAAGUUCGUUACUUAUUUAUUUGUAAGUAGUUUAAGUUGUCAGACUGAAUUUUAAUUUUGUAGCAUUUGUACGCAUUUCUGAUAUUUGUAAUUUUAAGUUGUAAGACUGAUUAUUAAAUUUUGUAAUAAUUUGUACGCAUUUGUGAUAUUAGGACGCAUUAUGUGAAAUAAAUACUUAACUAAAUAUUUUACUGUCUUUAAUUACUGGUUUUUCCUAUUUUUACGACAUCAUUGUCGAUAACAGGAUGUUGAUAACUGGGUAGGUGUCGAUAAGUGGUAGUCGAUCGUUGGAUUUUGAAUGUCGAUAACUGGAGAUUCUGAUGAUUUUUUAAAUUUAAUUUAUAUUCUAAUAACCAUUAUUAAUUAAUUUAAAAUUUGCAGCACAUAUUAUUCUUAUACUAUUUCUUUAUGAUUUUCACCAACUUCAAUGGUUCUUGGUAUUAUAGAUUUUGAGUAAUCGCUAUUCAUUGAACAUGAUGCUCUAAAAGUGUUGAUUACUGGUGCCGUCA